CAUCAUGUACACAACUCGUGCGACAUAACCUCGAGAAAAAUAAAAGCAUGUGGACACGAGUGUGACAAAUAAAUUUUUUUGAAUUGAAUAAUUAAUCAACAAACAAUAAAAUCAUUAAUAAUUUUUUUAAAUGAUAAAUAUUUAAACUAAAUAUAUAUAAUAUAUAUAUGAAGUAGUGAAAAUAGUGUUGGUUAAAAAAAUAUCUAAUUUUGUUUUUCAAAUUUAAUGUUUGAAAUUUAAUUUGUUGUGACAAAGAAUUGAAAUAUAUAAUAAAAUGGUCGUAAAUGCAACAGAACAUGGGAUGCAAGCGGACGUUAUUUUUGUGAUAGAAGGGACCGCAGCCAAUGGCGCAUAUUUUAAUGACUUGAAGACAAAUUAUUUAAUACCGACAUUGGAGUACUUCAACCAGGGCAACAUUGAAGAGCAGGAUUACUUUUCGGAAUAUAGCGGGACGCGGUAUGGAAUCGUUGUCUAUCAUGCUGCUGAUUGCGCGCCGAGACCGUGCACUGAAACAUUUGGCCCGUACUCGAACCCCCGUAAAUUAUUGCAACGACUAGAUAAUUUAGAAAUGGUCGGCGGCCGCAGCGAAUCUCACGCAAAUAUAGCAGAAGGUCUCGCAACAGCUCUGGUGUGCUUCGAAGACCUCCAACUGGAACGAGAGCCCAGCACCGCAUCUCAAAAGCACUGCAUCCUCGUCUGCAACUCGCCCCCUUAUCAGAUCUCCGUCCAAGAAUCCUACAAAUUCCUCGGCUGCACAAUCGAAUCCCUCCCGCCGCUCUUCCAAAAACGCAACAUCAACCUCUCGAUAGUCUCUCCCCGAAAAAUUCCCGAGUUCUUCAAACUAUUCGAGCUCGCCAUGGGUGAUCCCCAAAGCUCGCAGAUAAAGAACUACGCCAAAGACCCUCGCAAUCUCGUACUCCUUCACAACUACAACCUGAGAGAGCGAGCCGAGAACCAAACAAACGUAACUCCAGUCCAUACUGCAGCUGCAAACACAGUCCAGAUUCCCUCGAGUCCAGUUCCGGCCCACGACAGUCCCAACACAAAUCAACCCAACGCAAACAUCCCCCAGCCCCCAGUGCCACAGAACUCUGCGUUCAGAAACGCGACUCCGAUAAACAUCGGGGUCAAUCAUGGGGCAGCUCCAGCCAUGACAGUUCCUAUGAAUCCUGGCCGGCCAGUGUUCAAUCCUCAAAUAACAGCUCCGCCGAAUUAUCACCCAGCUCGCGCGCAACAACCAAGAUGGCGGACUCCAUUCAUCGCCCCCGGAGCCACUGUCCAGUCUAACAAUCAAGGCAGCGCCUUGAUUGCCCAGUUGACGCAGCCACCGACAGCCCUGACGGGUAUCAAUGUUCCCUUCAACCAACGUAUGGAAGCCAAUGGAAUGCAACCCAGUGCCCCGGCACCUCAGGCUCCUCAGCAGAACCAGCAGGCCCAGCUUACCCCCCAGCAACAGCAACAAAUUCGCAACAUGUAUCUUCAGCAACAACAGCAGCAACAGUUACAGCAGCAGACGAUGCAAAUCGCACCGAUGACUGCUGUCAGUUCCACUGGAACUUCUGGACCAACUCCAGUUCAGCAGACGGUUACGCAGACCACCGCAGCAGCGUCUCAGCAUCAGCCUGUGGCGGCUGGUGCUGGACAGGUCACGACCAGAGAGCGGCCUGCUAUUUGGCAGGGAGUACUCGAGUGGCAUGAAAAGGCCAAGAAUCCAACGGACACCCAGAAGCAGAUCCGUCAGGUUCUGUGUCAAGUGUCUGCUCAUGUUAAGGACAACGAACCGGAAUUGAAAGCUGAUUCCUGGCCGCAUAAAUUGAUAGUGCAGCUGAUGCCCAAGCAGAUGAUUGGUAGCAUAGGCGGCGCUUAUUUGAAAAACUCAAGGAGCGUUGUGUUCCAUCCAACACCUUCUGAGGAUUUGGAUUCUUUGACUAAAGUUCUGAGCUCAGGAUUCGCAGGUUGCGUUCAUUUCUCAUCGGCGGCUUCGGCGGCGUGUGAAAUUAUAGUUUUGAUUUUACUUUACUCGGCUGAAAAACGAGCAUACUUAGGAUUUAUUCCUAAUGAUCAGGCGGCGUUUGUUGAUAGGCUUAGAAAAGUUAUUCAGCAUCAAAAAUCUAAUCAAGCUGCCUCUAGAGGGCAGAUUUUCCCGCCAACUACUGGAGGUCCAAGUGGACCUUCGACUGCUACGAGUAUUCCGCCGCAGAUGCCGCCCGCGGGAGGUAUCGUUUCUCAGGGAGGAAUCAUGAUGUCGCAGACCAAUACCAUGACUAUGGGAGGUGGCCAGAUCACCCAAGUUCCUACUCAGCAACAGGGACUGGCCAACCAGCAGCCUAAUCAGGGUCAGAUGAACUUGCAGGGCGCGAUGGCUCAGCAGGGGGUUGAGAAUUCAGGCGCGGGUAUGAUCAGUGGACAUCAGCAGCAGCAGAGACAAAUGUAUGAAAAUAAUUUUGAUGCUGCCAGGCAGCAGAAUUUGAUGAAGAUUCAUCAGCUGAGACAGACUCUGGAGGCUGCUCAACAACAGGAAGCUCAAUACAAGUCUCAGUUUGGAGUUAAUAUUCAACAAAAUUUAGAGGUCGCGCAACAGCAAGAAAUGCAAUUUAAGCAGCAAAUUGAGGCUCAACAACAAGCACAGAGAGGACUAAACCCAAAUGCUGGUAUGGCUGGACUGCAACCGACUGCUCAAAGAAUGAUGAGACCAGCGAUGGCUAGUAAUUUACAGCUGCGUCAUUUACUUCAGCAGCAACACAAUCCACAACAAUACAGACAACAAGUUCUGGGAAUGCAGCAACAAAUGGUCGCACCUCGAGGGCAAAUGAACGUACGGCCAAUUAACAACAAUAAUCAACCAAAUCAGCAGUUUGAUGACGUACCAAAUUACGACUAUAAUAGAAUUGAAAUAAAUAAUAAAAUGGUCGUAAAUGCAACAGAACAUGGGAUGCAAGCGGACGUUAUUUUUGUGAUAGAAGGGACCGCAGCCAAUGGCGCAUAUUUUAAUGACUUGAAGACAAAUUAUUUAAUACCGACAUUGGAGUACUUCAACCAGGGUAACAUUGAAGAUCGGGAAUACGUUACAGAAAAUAGCACGACGCGGUAUGGAAUCGUUAUCUAUCAUGCUGCUGAUUGUUUACCGAGACCGUGCACUGACACAUUUGGCCCGUACUCGAAUCCCCAUAAAUUAUUGCAACGACUAGAUAAUUUAGAAAUGGUCGGUGGCCGCGGAGAAUCUCACGCAAAUAUAGCAGAAGGUCUCGCAACAGCUCUGGUGUGCUUCGAAGACCUCCAGCUGGAACGAGAGCCCAGCACCGCAUCUCAAAAGCACUGCAUCCUCGUCUGCAACUCGCCCCCUUAUCAGAUCUCCGUCCAAGAAUCCUACAAAUUUCUCGGCUGCACAAUCGAAUCCCUCCCGCCGCUCUUCCAAAAACGCAACAUCAACCUCUCGAUAGUCUCUCCCCGAAAAAUACCCGAGUUCUUCAAACUAUUCGAGCUCGCCGGGGGUGAUCUCCAAAGCUCGCAGACGAAGAACUACGCCAAAGACCCUCGCAAUCUCGUACUCCUUCACAACUACAACCUGAAAGAGCGACCCGUGACCCCAACAAACGUAACUCCAGUCCAUGCGGCAGCUGCAAGCACAGUCCAGAUUCCCUCGAGUCCAGUUCCGGCCCACGACAGUCCCAACACAAAUCAACCCAACGCAAACAUCCCCCAGCCCCCAGUGCCACAGAACUCUGCGUUCAGAAACGCGACUCCGAUAAACAUCGGGGUCAAUCAUGGGGCAGCUCCAGCCAUGACAGUUCCUAUGAAUCCUGGCCGGCCAGUGUUCAAUCCUCAAAUAACAGCUCCGCCGAAUUAUCACCCAGCUCGCGCGCAACAAUCAAGAUGGCGGACUCCAUUCAUCGCCCCCGGGGCCACUGUCCAGUCUAACAAUCAGGGCAGCGCCUUGAUCGCCCAGUUGACGCAGCCACCGACAGCCCUGACGGGUAUCAAUGUUCCCUUCAACCAACGUAUGGAAGCCAAUGGAAUGCAACCCAGUGCCCCGGCACCUCAGGCUCCUCAGCAGAACCAGCAGGCCCAGCUUACCCCCCAGCAACAACAACAAAUUCGCAACAUGCAGCUGCAGCAGCAACAGCAGCAACAGUUACAGCAGCAGACGAUGCAAAUCGCACCGAUGACUGCUGUCAGUUCCACUGGAACUUCUGGACCAACUCCAGUUCAGCAGACGGUUACGCAGACCACUGCAGCAGCACCUCAGCAUCAGCCUGUGGCGGCUGGUGCUGGACAGGUCACGACCAGAGAGCGGCCUCCUAUUUGGCAGGGAGUACUCGAGUGGCUGGAAAAGGCCAAAAAUCCAUCAGACGCCCAGAAGCAGACCCGUCAGGUUCCGUGUCAAGUGUCUGCUAAUGCUAAGGACAGCGAGCCGGAAUUGAAAGCUGAUUCCUGGCCGCAUAAAUUGAUAAUGCAGCUGAUGCCCAAGCAGCUGAUUGGUAGCAUAGGCGGCGCGUAUUUGAAAAACUCAAGGAGCGUUUUGUUCCAUCCGACACCUUGUGAGGCUUUGGAAUCUUUGACUAAAAUUAUGAGCACAGGAUUCGCGGGUUGCGUUCAUUUUACAUCUGCUCCGGCUGUACCGGCGUGUGAAUUUAAAGUUCUGAUUUUACUUUACACGGCUGAAAAACGAGCAUACUUAGGAUUUAUUCCUAAUGAUCAGACGGCGUUUGUUGAUAGGCUUAGAAAAGUUAUUCAGCAUCAAAAGUCUAAUCAAGCUGCCUCUAGAGGGCAGAUUUUCCCGCCAACUGCUGGAGGUCCAAGUGGACCUUCGACUGCUACGAGCAUUCCGCCGCAGAUGCCGCCCGCGGGAGGUAUCGUUUCUCAGGGAGGAAUCAUGAUGUCGCAGACCAAUACCAUGACUAUGGGAGGUGGCCAGAUCACCCAAGUUCCUACUCAGCAACAGGGACUGGCCAACCAGCAGCCUAAUCAGGGUCAGAUGAACUUGCAGGGCGCGAUGGCUCAGCAGGGGGUUGAGAAUUCAGGCGCGGGUAUGAUCAGUGGACAUCAGCAGCAGCAGAGACAAAUGUAUGAAAAUAAUUUUGAAGUUGCCAGGCAGCAGAAUUUGAUGAAGAUUCAUCAGCUGAAACAGACUCUGGAGGCUGCUCAACAACAGGAAGCUCAAUACAAGUCUCAGUUGGAAGUUAAUAUUCAACAAAAUUUAGAGGUCGCGCAACAGCAAGAAAUGCAAUUUAAGCAGCAAAUUGAGGCUCAACAACAAGCACAGAGAGGAUUAAACCCAAAUGCUGGUAUGGCUGGACAGCAACCGACUGCUCAAAGAAUGAUGAGACCAGCGAUGGCUAGUAAUUUACAGCUGCGACAUUUACUUCAGCAGCAACACAAUCCACAACAAUACAGACAACAAGUUCUGGGAAUGCAGCAACAAAUGGUCGGACCGCGAGGGCAAAUGAACGUACGACCAAUUAACAACAAUAAUCAACCUAAUCAGCAGUUUGAUGACGUUUCGAAUUACGACUUUCUUGGAUAAUUUGUUAUCCAAAAUUAUAAUAAUUUAAUAUAUGUGAUUUUAUAAAUAACUGUAGUAUUUAAUACAUAACUCUAUAUUAAAAUUUUUUUUUUUC